CCUCCUCCUCCCCUCCUGAAUGUUCCAUCUUGACGCCCCUGCUGUUCCCUUCGCCAUCGGCUCGAUGGGAUCCCACUCCGCCGCCGAUGAGGCUAUCCUCCUCCACGGCGACAUCCACCUGUCCGUGCUCGCGGCACGCCGCCUCCCCAACAUGGACAUGCUCUCCGAGUACCUCCGCCGCUGCUUCGCCCCAUGCAGCCCUGUCCUCCCUAGUAGCGACUCCGACCCCACCCCCGACCACGGCCGCCGCGGCCACCGCAAGAAGAUCGCCACCGCCGACCCCUACGUCACCGCCUUGCUCGCCGGCGCCACCGUCGCCCGCACCCGCGUUAUCCACAACUCCCAGAACCCCAUCUGGAACGAGCGCUUCAAGAUCCCCGUCGCCCACAGCGCCGCGGCCCUCGUUCUCCACGUCAAGGACAACGACGUCUUCGGCUCCCAGCUCAUCGGCACCGUCUCCAUUCCCGUUGCCCGCGUCGCCUCCGGCGAGGUGAUCGACGAAUGGUUCCCGGUGAUCGCGCCCAGUGGGAGGACGCCGAAGCCCGAUACCGCCCUCCGCGUGUCCCUCCAGUACACGCCCGUGGAGGAGAGCGUGGAGCACAGGCAUGGGAUCGCCGGGGAUCCCGACAAGCGCGGGGUGAGCGAUGCCUACUUCCCCGUCCGGAAGGGGUGCUUGGUGACGCUCUACCAGGACGCACAUGUCAGGGAUGGCGAGCUCCCAGAGAUUAGGCUCGAGGAAGGAGCCAUCUUUGAGCAUAACAAGUGCUGGGAGGACAUCUACCAUGCCAUUCUCGAGGCGCAUCACUUGAUUUAUAUCACCGGUUGGUCUAUAUAUCACAAGGUGAAGCUGGUGAGAGAGCCGACGAGGCCGCUGCCGACUGCGGGGCAGCUGACGUUGGGGGAGCUGCUCAAGUACAAGUCCCAGGAGGGGGUUCGGGUGUGCAUGUUGGUUUGGGACGACAAGACUUCUCACCAUAAUUUCUUCAUCAAGACGGAAGGAGUAAUGCAAACUCACGAUGAAGAAACUCGGAAGUUUUUCAAGCAUUCCUCUGUCAUUUGUGUUCUAGCACCUCGUUAUGCGAGCAGUAAGCUUAGCUUUGUCAAGCAGCAGGCAUUUGGAACUCUCUUUACGCACCACCAGAAAUGUGUACUUGUUGACACACAGGCAUCUGGGAAUAAUAGAAAAAUAACUGCUUUCAUAGGAGGUCUGGAUCUUUGUGAUGGCCGCUAUGAUACACCAGAGCAUAGACUUUUUCGUGAACUUGACAGUGUCUUUUUGAAUGAUUUUCAUAAUCCUACAUUUGCUUUAGAAACUAAAGGACCAAGACAACCAUGGCAUGAUUUACACUGCAGAAUUGAAGGUCCAGCUGCUUAUGAUGUUCUGGAGAAUUUUGAACAGCACUGGUGUAAGGCAACAAAAUGGCGAGAAUUUGGGCUACGUUUUAAAAAAAAGGUAUCCCACUGGCACGAUGAUGCUUUAAUAAAGCUUGAACGGAUUUCAUGGAUAAUUAGUCCUUCACCUACUGUUCCAAAUGAUGAUCCAAGUUUAUGGGUUGCAAGUGAAGAAGAUGCUGGACCUUGGCAUGUUCAGAUUUUUCGAUCUAUAGACUCUGGAUCAGUAAAGGGAUUUCCGAAGAACCCUCAAGAAGCCUUACGAAAGAACCUUGUCUGUCAAAAGAAUCUGAUCAUCGAUAAGAGCAUCCACACAGCAUAUGUGAGGGCAAUCAGAUCUGCACAACAUUUCAUAUAUAUUGAGAAUCAGUAUUUUCUGGGGUCUUCUUAUGCUUGGCCAUUUUAUAAAAAUUCAGGUGCUGAUAAUCUGAUACCUAUGGAAUUAGCAUUAAAAAUUGCUGGCAAAAUUAAAGCCAAAGAGCGGUUUGCUGUAUACGUGGUUAUACCUAUGUGGCCUGAAGGAGUCCCUACUACUUCCAGUGUGCAAGAAAUCCUCUUCUGGCAGGUUAUGCAGAUGAUGUAUGAAAUCAUUGCAAAGGAGCUUAAAGCUGUGAACUCCGAAGAUUCACAUCCGCAAGAUUAUCUUAAUUUCUACUGUCUUGGAAACCGUGAAGAAUUGUCCAAGGAUGAGUUGCAAUCAAAUGGUCACUCUUCAGAAAGAAGUCCAGUGGUCUUCACACAAAAGUCUCGGCGAUUCAUGAUAUAUGUUCAUGCAAAAGGGAUGAUUGUAGAUGAUGAAUACGUUAUAAUGGGAUCUUCUAACAUCAAUCAAAGAUCUCUGGCUGGUUCAAGAGAUACCGAAAUCGCCAUGGGUGCAUACCAACCUCAUCAAACAUGGGCUGAGAAAGAAAGGCACCCACAUGGUCAGAUAUAUGGAUACAGGAUGUCUCUCUGGGCAGAGCAGCUGGGAUCGGUAGACGAACGAUUCGAGCAGCCCGACAGCUUGGAGUGCGUAAGACUCGUGAACAAGAUAGCCGACGAUAACUGGUGCAGGUACGCCGCUAAGGAGGUGAGUUCACUGACCGGCCAUGUUCUCAAGUACCCAAUCAAGGUAGAAGCUGAUGGCAAAGUAGGAGCUCUGCCCGACCAACAGUGUUUCCCCGACGUCGGAGGUAAGAUCUUAGGAGCCCCCACAAGUCUUCCUGACACACUAACCAUGUAGCAGUAUAUCCUCAGAUCAAAUGCAGUCAUACAGAACAAAGAUUUGUCAUUUUAGUCAUGCUAGAUAACUUUGACAUGUUCAUUUGCAUGGAGUUCUAAAAUCUUAUUCUGAUGCAAAGAUAAGCACUCA